GCGGGAGGGGGUGCCCGCCUGCUCGGCAGCUCGCGCGGCUGGUCGUUGCGGGCCGCUGACAUGCCUGUGAGCUGCGGAGGCUGCGGCCCCCAGGUCUUUUAUGGAUUAACUCUUCAUUGAUUCCAUACAACAGCAAUACAGUUAUGGCGACCUUCCCGACUUUCAGAAACAGUCACUUGAAAACUAGAGCAUCGGUCAGAAAAAGCUUCAGUGAAGAUGUGUUCCAGUCUGUAAAGUCUUUAUUGCAGAGCGAGAAGGAACUAUGCAGCGUAUCAGCAGAGGACUGUUUAAAGCAGGAUGAACAUGCCGGUUUGACUGAGGUCACAUUUCUAGGUUUUAAUGAAGAAACAGAUGCUGCUCACAUCCAGGAUUUGGCUGCAGUUUCUUUGGAACUUCCAGAUCUUCUGAAUUCAUUGCACUUCUGCAGUCUAAAUGAAAAUGAAAUGAUUUGUAUGAAGGAUAUAAAUAAAUCAUCAGAUAUAAACAGUGGCCCUCUAAAUCAGAGUCAUCAUUCUGGAAUGCUUUGUGUCAUGAGAGUGUCACCUACCUUACCAAGACUCAGAAUCGACUUCAUCUUUAGUCUCCUAAGUAAAUAUGCUACGGGUAUAAGAUACACCCUGGACACCUAUUUGCAUCAGAAGCGCCAACUCGAGGCCGCUAAUGAAGAUGAUGACGAUACUAACCAGUCGGUGUCUUCCAUCGAAGACGACUUUGUCACUGCUUUUGAGCACUUAGAGGAGGAAGAGACCUCCCAGCCAUAUCAUGAUGGAAGAAACAUUACUGCACUAAAGAGCCAGUGUGAUGCUGCUUCUCAGACGAUUUCUGGUCACCAUUUAGAAACCCGUGAUUUCAGAGUUCUGGUUGGCUCUGGGCGGCAGAAAUCAUUGGCUAAACCGCCUAGUUCUUUCGCAAAUGUUCUGGGGCAUAAAGAACUGCCUUCUGUGAAAACCUCAGUCACGACAUCAAUUUCUGAGCCUUGGGUCCAAAGGAGCUUCUACAGGUCAUCUGCUGCGACAGAUAAAGGUAGUGACGCACAGAAAACCUUGUUCCCUUCUUCUCCCGCCUACUCGUCUGAGUCAGAGAGCUCGAGUCCAAGUCCGGUUAUUUUCUUGGAUGAAGAGGGAUAUCAAAAAAGUUUAAAAGCAAAACUCGAGUUACCGAAAAUUCCUGUGAUGAAAGAUGAUAUUGAGGAUUCAGACUCCGAAGUAAGUGAAUUUUUUGAUAGUUUUGAUCAGUUCGAUGAACUAGAGCAAACUUUAGAGUCUGCGUGUCCAUCUCUCAAAGAUCCUGCCUCGGGGAAGCCACCGCAGAAGAAAGGGCACAGACACGAAAAACUGUGCUCCGUAACCACUACAAUGAAUCCUCAAAAAUUCAAGUUUGAUCGUCCGGCUCUGCCAGCUAAUGUUAGGAAACCAACUCCUCGUAAACCAGAAUCCCCUUACAGUAACCUGCGUGAAGCUCCAGACUCUCCCCGCCCAGUGAGGGCUUCCGGGGAGGACAGUGGCUUGUUCAGCCCCAUUCGCUCCUCUGCCUUCAGUCCUCUCGGAGGCUGUACGCCUGCUGAAUGUUUUUGCCAAACAGAUAUGGGUGGAGAUAGGACUCAUGAAAAUCAUGAUUCUGUUUAUUACACCUAUGAAGAUUACGCGACUAGCCUUUCCUGUGAAGUACUGGGCUCCGUUCUUCAGGGUCAGCACCCUCAUGCAACCUCAAACAUGAGUAGUUUUAAAAAGGGAGAAAAUAAAACUGUAGCUCUUAGGCGUGGAAGCCUUGACCAAAAAGAUGAAUCUAAACAUAAAUCCUCAGUGAUCAAGGACAGCAUUCAGAAGUUUGCAGCAGAUCUUGUGGAGAAGAGUCUGGGCAGCGCCUUUAAAGACUUGCAGAAAGGCGUCUCUUCAUGUACCAGUGCCUUGUGCCAGUUAGCCCUCAGAUUGACAUCAUCCGUUUUUCAGAUGGCAUUUAAUGAACUGAGAAGGCAGCGUGCGUUCUCGCUGAAAGAACGCGCCAUUAGCGGUCUGGCGCAUUUUCUGGUGAGCGAAGCUUUCUCGAAUGCCUUCAAAGACUUACAGUACGUGAAGAAGCAGAUCUUCACAAACACCGUCGCCCGGUUUGCCGCAGAUCUGGCCGAAGAGCUGGUUUUCGAGGGCAUCAUGGAAGUGUGUCAGUUUUCAUAUCCUCCAAUACCUGCAUCUCCGCAGGGCUGGUGGUUGGACUAUGAAGACAGAGUAGUGACGUCCUAUGCAAGAGAUCUGUCUGAAUCUGUGAUACAGGAAGCAUUCAUCGAGCUGUCUCAAGUCGACGUGACCUUCACACCCAAGGCAGCCGUCAGCGUUUCUACAGAUAACAUCACGCACGUGAGCGCAGAAAACAUCACGCCGCCGCCGCAGGCUUCCACACUUGGCCCUGCUCUGAGCAGUCCCACAGCCGCGGUGACAAAACCAGUGGCGGAAGCUAAAAAGGAGUACACGGUGCAGCAGGCCUUGUUUUGUACCUCUGGGAUCGUUACUUCUAUACCCGUGCCCUUGGCGGGAAGUGCCCUUCUCCCCUAUCGUGUCUCAUCUCAGGGGCAUCAGGCAAAGUCUCCCCCAUCAUCUGAUGCAAGUAACUUGAGUGGUGGUUCUCCCCACGCAGGUGUGGCCGCAAAAAACAAAGAGGAGGUAGCUUGUCUCAGAAAUAUUUGUUUGCCUUCAGAACACAGUCCAGGCAACCAGACUGCUGUUAAACCAACUAAGGAUGAUACUGAAACGAAAAGCUCUUCAAAAGUAACAAGUGAGCCCGUGGUGAUUGGCACCUUUUCUGCCGCGAUGGUCCAGACGAUAGUCAAUGAAACUUUCGAGUCAAUGACGUCCUUCCAAGUUACAAAAACCGUGGAGGCACAUCCAGAUUGUGUAACGAAAACAGCACAGGGAAAAACCCCUCUCCACUGCCAUCAAGCGACUCCGCAGCCGAGCGAAGCCAGCGGCCAGGACGUGUUGGCUGAUCAGUUAUCUAAAUCUAUUAUUAAACAUUCCAUAGACAGAGGCAAACCAGUGAUCCCGCAGGUCGAUCAACAUGCACUCCGCAGGGAAGCCUUGCCUGUUCCUGGAAAAGAGUCACCGUUGACCUUGGAAAGGAUCCCCCGAUUUCUCGCAGCUGAAGAUCGUGUCACUCACGCCUCACUUGCAGCAGGAAAGGAUCGUCAUCUGGAAUGUGAAAGAUCAGUGGCUCCAGGAUUUUCUUUAGAGUCACCGCCACCUUGUCCAACUGGGGCCCGCCAGAAACCUGAUUUGAAGGAGAUGGCUAAGGACAAAGCCGUGAGAAAGCCUGAUUUGAAUAAUGCAGCCCUUGAGCCCUUGUCUUUGGGGCAGGAGACCCCCUUUCCCCAGGCACAUCCUUUCUCCUCCACGGUGCUCACGUGUGCAGACGGUUUGCACGCGGAAGAGAAACGAAAAAGCAGAGACGGAAAUGUGAUACCCGAUACUCCUCCAUCCACCCCUCUCGUGCCAUCCCAGGCUGCUUCGGAGUGGGAUAUCAAGAAGUUAACCAAAAAGCUCAAGGGGGAAUUAGCCAAAGAGUUUGCACCCGCCACACCUCCUUCCACGCCUCACAACGCGUCAGUGGGCAGUCUGUCGGAAAGCGAACAAAAUACCAUAGAAAAGGAAGAGUUCAUGUUGAAACUCAUGCGCUCUCUCUCGGAGGAAGUUGAAAGUAGCGAAGGUGAGGACCAGCCCGAAGUGGACGUGAAGCCAGAGCCCUCGGGGAAGAAAGUUCAGUUCGCAGACGCGUUAGCCACACACAUCCUUUCUCUUGCAACGGAAAUGGCAGCUUCGCACUUGGAUAGUAAAGUCAUUCAAGAGCCCAGCGGUCAAAGCCCUUGGGUAAAGGUGCAGAGUCCAAGAAGCGUAUUGCCUACUGUUCUCAAUGGCUCCGAUGAAAACUUACAAACAUUAUGCAAUUUUGCAGGUGACAUGGCCGCAGAAGUCAUCACAGAAGCUGGGAAAAUAGCCAGAGGUAGACGCUGUGCGCCUUUCAGGCCAAAGCAGAACAGUUGUCGUUGUGUUGAUGGUGACCCAGAUUAUAGAUCAGACGAGAAGCUGGAUGUCGAGGCUCACCUGGGAGAAGGAGAUGCAUUUAUUCUCUCCGUGCCACCAAGUUCUCGUCUGUCCGGUCUGACCUCCAAGUAUCCCAGCUGCGAAAGUGUGACAGAUGAGUACGCAGGGCACAUUAUCCAAAUACUAAAGCAGGAAGGUGGUAACGGUGAGUUAAUCAUGGACCAGUAUGCCAAUCGACUGGCUUAUCGGUCCAUUAAGUCAGGCUUACACGCAGCAGCUAAGACAGCCCAGGCGAAGGGCCGCUCCAAAACAUUGCCCGCGCCGAGCUCACCGGUGCCCCCCAACGAUGACCUGUUCUUGUUCUUAAGCAGAGAACACCAGCAGGAGGUAGAUCAGCAAAGACAAAGACGGGGCGGUUCCCUUUGCACAAACCAACCUCGUGACUGGACACGGGACACGUGCAGAAACGAGGGCUCAGAGCUGUAUAGUUUCUCAGCCUCUCUGGCGCACCGCAUAGCAAGAGAUGUUCACCAAGAGCUGACGGCGUCUCCCACGGGCUUGCCGAAAUCCCUUACAGAUUCCUGCCUUUAUGAAAAGCACGGCUGUGACAAAGAUCCCGAGUCUCGGGUCCGGCCAGAAUUUUCUCAGUCUCUUCAGCCUUCCCCGCAGCAUCCCGGAGCCUCCCGCAGCCCCGGCGGCGUGCGCGGGUGGGGUCCUGGCGAGAACGGCGCCCGCGCUCUGGAGCAGUAUGCUCAGAAGGUGGUGGGUGACACGCUCAAGCUGAGUUUAGGGUCUGCGGUCUUGCACGCACCCGAGGCCCCGAAAGCGGCCGAUCGGAUCACUCACGCAGAAAAACUGUCCCCUCUGGGAGGUCAGGCUUGCAGAUACUGUGACCACACAGAGCUCCAUGACUGCCCUGGGAGUUCAUCGCCGCCUUUUCCCAGACAGGCUUCCCGUGCUGGUGGUAAAGCAGUUUCUGAUUCAAAAUUGAGCAGCCUCUAUGAGAAAUCGAGAGUUUUUCAUCUCGAUGUCCCUCAAAUUCACGUGGCCCUUGACAAGAAGACCGUGCUCGCCGAGAAGAUAGUCGCCGAAGCCAUUGAAAAGGCCGAGAGAGAGCUGAGAGGUACCAGCCUGGUGGCGGAUAGUGGCAUCGGACAGGAUGGCGUCAGCUUUGCCGAAAGCCUCACCACGGAGAUCAUGGCAUCUGCCAUGGUCAGUGCUGGACAUGCCAUGAGCAGUCCAAAAGAAAUAGAAGACUUGCAAUCAGCGGAGUCUUUUGGUAGCCAGCAGAUGAACCUCAGUAUUGGUGAUGACAGCACGGGAAGCUGGUCCAAUUUAAGUUUUGAGGAUGAACACCAGGAUGAAAGCAGCAGUUUCCAUCAUCUAAGUGAAAGUAAUGGUAACAGCAGUAGCUGGAGCAGUCUUGGUUUAGAAGGAGAUUUGUAUGAGGACAAUUUAUCCUUUCCAACAUCAGACAGUGAUGGGCCAGAUGAUAAAGAUGAAGAGCGUGACGAUGAUGCAGAAGAUUUGGAACAGGAUGGAAAGACUCUGCUAAUCUCGAAUAUUGACAUGGAGCCCUGCACAGUGGACCCCCAGCUGAGGGUUAUUCUUCAGUGGCUCGUUGCCUCCGAGGCAGAAGUUGCAGAGCUUUAUUUUCACGACUCUUCGAAGAAGGAGUUUAUACGACUUUCAAAACGAUUACAAGAAAAAGGCUGCAAAGUGGGAGACGUCCUGCAGGCUGUGCUUAAAUACUAUGAAGUGGUGGAGAAGUCAUCCAGCGAGGAGAGAUGCAAGUCCCUGUUUGACUGGCUCUUAGAAAAUGCAUAGAACAAACUCCAAACCAGUAUAUCUUAUUUUCUUUUUUUGUCUUGGAAGAGGAAGGAACAGAUAAAGAUACAUAGGGUACAAUUCGAAUAGUGAAUAGUAACAUUUACAGUGAAUCAGGAGGAAAGUAAAUACAGCUUUUGAAGUGCAUUGCGUCAUCAUACAGUGUAUAUAGUUCAUACUUUUGUAAUCUAUCAAAUAUCACCUUCCUUUCUUCUUCUCUACACAUGUGUAGUAUGUUAUGAUCCUAAGAACAUGUGUUUGAAGGAAGUUCUAAGCAUGAGUCUUUCAGGGACAUUGACUGACAGCAUUCUUGUUGUAUCCAAAUAGUGCUGCUAGAAAUUGCACUGAGGUGGCUGAGGGUGGGUUCCAGGGAUAAAGAGUUAGAAUUUUGCUCCUUUGCAAGCAAAUGGUUUCCUAUUAAUAACUAAUCUGACAUCAGAAAAUAGCAUUCGAGCUAAUUUUUUUCCUGUUAUUUUUUUGGUUUGUUGUUCUAUUUUUAAGGGUUAAUUUCAUUUUCAUAGUUCAGCUAUUGGUAGCUUCUUGAGUCCCCCAAGUUAUUUAAUUUCUUAGAAACAUUCAUAUUUUGGGUUUCUAUAAAUACCGUAAAUGACAGUUUCCCCAUCUUUCCAUCAAAUGACAUUAUUUGCUAAUGUUGCCAAUUGUUCUGGCACGAAAGCGAGUGUGUGUGUGUGUGUGUGUGUGUGUGUGUGUGUAAAGGAGAACUUUAACCUUGCUAGUGGCUGGUGCCCUCUUUUACUCUUUUCUUGGUUAGAAACCCACUGUUAAUAUUAAAAAGGUGCUUUAAAAUAAAAUGUCUAUAAAGAUUGUGCAGUAAGAAUUUUUAUUUCUUUUUGACUAUUUUAGGUCCCCAACUUAUCCUAUAAAUGAAAAUAAAGGUGCAAAAUAUUGACAUUUUAAGAAUUAAUAUUAAUUUGGAAAUGAAUUUAGAAAAACCCAGUGACGAUUUUCAUUGUUGAGAUUUUGGAGAAAAAAAAACCCUCUACUUUAGCAAAGAUAAGCUUUUUCUAGGAAAAAAAUGGGACCCCCCCCUCCCCUCCUCAAUAAACUGUAUCUGCACUGUUUUAUAAAGUCCUCUGCUAAGGUGUUUCUGGGCUCUGCAUUUUCUUCUGCUUGUCUUUAGUAACUACAAGUUGACUCGGAGGGCCAGGAUUGUCUUCUCGUUUUGUACGUGAGGGUAUGUGUGUGUGAAUUUUUGGUUCUUCCAUUAGCACAUUUUGUAAUCUAGAGGAAUUCACUUUUUGUUGGAGGCUUUGGUUUUGCUCUGUUACACUGUCUUUUUUCCUGAGCACCGACUGUUUUGAAAGCCGCACAAAGUCUAGAAGACAUAGCACCUGCCAGGUGACAAGGAGUAAGAGCCCUUACAUUAGUUUGAAUUAAUAAUUAUAGCAGAGAAACUGUUUUGUUGCUUUUUAAGAAAAAUGCCAACAUCAUAUAUCGAGGUUACAUUAUCUAAGCUUUGGUUUUUCUCAGCUUAAGAUAAAGAAGUAGAGCCAGGCCUUAAAAAGAAAUUUUCCUAAAAUUUCUGCAGGUAUUUUUUAAGACGGAGAAAUGCAGGAAAUGUUAGAGAACCAGGACCGAUUCUGUCUUUGGCUUCUCAGAACGUGCGAUGCAGCAGCACUGGACUGGAUUUUUAAAGGUUAGGAACCACGUUGUUCAAUAGGUUAGUGGAUGAUUCGGUUUAGAUUGGAUUUUUACAAGUAUAUACCUGUCCAGUCGUGUUGAGUAACUUCGAUGUAUGUUUGGGUUUGAUUCACCGCAAAACCGAGUUCUGAAUUUCUUUUGAACUGAAGGGACAGUAUAUUAGUUACGUAAAACUUGGUGUGCUUGAAAAUGUUUGCUUGUUCCUCUUACGGUAAUAAUCAUUUUGCGGUGACCUUUUCCUCUUCUCCUCACACCUUUGUGUUGCUUGCUUUUGCGGAGGCCGUGCUGGAUGCAGAGUCCCCUUCUUCAGGCGCUGUGGAAUGACAGGCCGGCCUUAGAUCCUAGCAUGCCUGGUUCUCAUCCCAGGACCUCCCCACUCGUAUCAGUUCAGGGCAGGGUGUAGGGAAAAAUACUAAGUGUUGGCAGAUGUGAAAGGACAGUGUGAGUUAAGCUUGUUACGUAGAGAGAGGACCUUUGAGUUUGGAGCGCUGUCUUUUGUUCAAGAACAGUCUAAAUUUCCUUUGUUUAAAGGCACUUUGUGAUUUUUUUCCAAAGACGUUGUAGAUCUGUUUGGUGGCUCACGCUUCAGAACGGCUCUGUUGGUUGAGGACAGCUCUGUCUUAUUUUAUUAAAAACCGACUUGACUUCAUUUUAUUAGGACAUCGUAACGUUGCCAUUCUGCAUACUCUGGCCCUUCUGAAACACCGUGUCUCCUUCAGAACUGUUAAAAGUUGUGAUGUGCUUUGGGUUGAAGUCUCUGUUGAUCCGUUCCAAAACCACGGGAGGAUCUGUGGAAAGAAAGCGAAGGCGGCCUUGAGGGCAGGUUUUUAGACUGAGACGGGAGCAGUUCUUGCAUGUUUUUCUUCUUCUCAAGCCCAGUUUAAAUUGCAUUUCUAUUUGGGGUAUUUUUAAUUUUGAUUUUGAAAAAUAUUAAUGCAGAAGGAAUUAUUUAUGUAUAUAAAUCAUGGAAGCAAAUUACAGUAUCUGUCAGAUGGUUUGAUAGGAUUUAAUGGAGUAGUGAAAUCUUUGAGAAUAUUCACUCAGUGAAUAUAUGUGAUAACAUAACAUAUGUCCAUCUAGAACGCAAAUGUCUUCUUAGUUCAUGAUUUAGCAAAUACUCUUCUUCCACAAUGAAAAUGAUCAUUUUCCCAUCUAUUUUGUUUUUUCAAGUGACACUUUCCACAGAAUUUAAAAAAAAAAAAUGCAUCCAUAUUGAGAGGGUAGGGAAGAGACUUUCUGUUUCAAACCCUGUCCACCUGUCAUCAGCACAAGAGAAUCAGCACUUCCGUGGGAACGAAUGAGGUUGUACUAAAGUGAAAUGCGUUUUUUCUCGUUUUUAGCAGAAGACCCUGCGCACAUUUACUCACUCACUGUACUCCUGCUCCAGAGAUGCAGAUUCGGUGUCUGCCACGCUCGUCACUUUAUUUAUUUAUUGUUUUUUACCAUCCAUGUACAUUCCUUUCACAUGGGUAGAAUCGUAGUUCUUGAAGUUCAUUGUUUUUGUUUUGAUGUUUGAAUACUAUUUAAUAUCGGGCUUUAAUAUUGCUGGAUUUGCUCCCUUUGGUUACUUGUGCAGUGUUAAAAGUAAUUCACACUCUUGUUUAAUAUACCAGAUAUUCUAGCAAAAGCCGCUUUGAGAAAUUGUAGCUGUUUAUUUGACUGUACUGAAUUACGACCUUAAGGUCUCGUAUUGUACAACAGUUAACUUUCUCUUUUUGCUUUUCAGUAAUAUGUUCACUUACCAAAAUAUGAACUUUAGGAUGCACUAAAAUUUUGUUUUAGCAGUGGCUCAAAAUAAACAUUUCAGAAAUUA